AUGCGCCUGUUUGUUAUAUUUAUUGCUCUCCUCGGAGUAUCAGCCUUACAGGAAGCUGGAAAUAGAUCUGUGACUCCGACAUCAUGGGAAUGGUCAGACUUCUGGCUUUUGCGCCUGCUUGUAAACUUACUGGGCUAUGCAACCAUAUUUAUCCCUGGCUACCUUAUUAUCAGAUAUCUGCGACGGACCAAAUACAAUGAAACCGCAAGCCCAGGCAAGCUUCAAAAACUUGCUGUCCUCUGUGUGUUUGGCAAGGAACAGCAUGUCAGCCUGGAGGAAGGAAGUGGGAAAUCUACUCCCUCUUCUCCUUCACCUUCUAAAUCAGAAGAACCUUUAUUCAAAUCAGCCGUCCGCUUGGUGUCCUGUUUUGCCGGACUUCAGAUUUCCUACCUGACCUGGGGGGUUCUGCAAGAAAGAAUAAUGACCAUUGAGUAUGGAUACUCGGAGGACCAGCCUGGGGAGUUCUUCAAAGAUUCACAGUUCCUGGUGUUCGUCAACCGCAUCCUGGCCUUCAUGAUAGCUCUGCUUGUGGUGUUCUUCCGUCCACAGCCUCCACACACGGCUCCUCUCUACAAGUACUCGUUCAGCUCAUUCUCCAACAUCAUGUCCUCCUGGUGCCAGUAUGAGGCUCUCAAGUUUGUCAGCUUUCCCACUCAGGUCUUGGCGAAGGCUUCCAAAGUGAUUCCAGUAAUGUUGAUGGGUAAAGUAGUAUCCAAGAAAACCUACCAGUACCACGAAUACGUCACUGCACUGAUGAUUUCUGUGGGCUUGUCCAUGUUUCUGCUGACCAGUGGCGAUGUGACCAGGCAUAGAGACAGUGUGACCACCACUUCAGGGCUGAUCAUGCUUGUGGGGUACAUGCUGUUUGAUAGCUUCACUUCUAACUGGCAGGAUGAACUGUUCCAUAAGUACAAAAUGUCCAGUAUCCAAAUGAUGGCCGGGGUCAACAUGUUCUCCUGCUUGCUGACCAGUAUCUCCCUCAUUGAACAGGGAGGGUUUAUUGACUCAGCAGCUUUCAUGAUCCGACAUCCAGAGUUCCUUUUUGACGCCAUUAUACUUAGUAUAUGCUCCGCAGUGGGCCAGUUGUUUAUUUUCUACACAAUUUCUCAGUACGGUGCUGUUGUCUUUGUUAUUAUUAUGACCAUUAGGCAGGGUUUUGCAAUUCUGUUGUCCUGUGUGAUAUAUGGACACCCGGUCACUGUCAUUGGAGUACUAGGGAUCCUGGUUAUUUUUGCUGCGUUGUUUUUGAGGAUCUACGCCAGCCAUAGGCAGAGACUUCUGAAAAGGGCUGCUGCAUCUGCAGGUAGUAAAAUUUAG